ACUGAGACUGAGAUGUGACUUGUUGUAGUUGCGCCAUGUUCUUAAUCGGUCACUCUGCUACCGGAAGUUAUUUGAACGCUUCCUGUUGUCCUGGCACGUCACGUCCUGCUAUUACAGUUCCGGAAGCUGGAGUCAGAAAUGUUGCGAGUCGUUGCGGAAUAAACUAUUAAUUUAACACUGGAGACGCUGCAAAUUACUUUAUCGUUCCAGAGCUAGAUACGUAGAAGAAGAAGGUGGUCAUGGAAGAGCAGACUACGGAGAUCGAGGUGACAGUGAAGACAUUGGACUCCCAGAGCAGGAGUUACUCUGUCUCCGGCCAGCUGACUGUGAAGGAAUUCAAGGAGCACAUUGCGGUGUCGGUUGGCAUCCCUGUGGAUAAACAGAGACUCAUCUACCAGGGCAGAGUUCUACAGGAUGAAAGGACGCUGGCGGACUACAAUGUGUCGGGGAAGGUGAUCCAUCUGGUGGAGCGGGCCCCGCCCCCGGCCUCCCAGCCCGGGGCGGACUCUGGGUCGGGUUCAGCCGACGGCGGGACCUCCUCCGCCCCGCAGGGCCCACCCCAGGGCCCCCCCCAGGGCCCGCCGCACGACCGCAAUGCCAACAGCUACGUCAUGCUGGGCACCUUCAACCUGCCCGUCAACCUCAUGGACCCCCAGCACAUACAGAUGUCCGUUCAGCAGCUCAUGUCAGGUUUAGGGGAGAACGCCAGGAACGCCAGAGUGACCACAAGCACUGGGAAUGGAUCGAUGAAUGUCCACAUCGACAUGGACCAGUCAGUGCAGAGCGAGCCCAGGCUACGGCUCCUAUUGGCUGAGAACCUGCUGAGGGAUGCCAAUGAACUCAUCACGAGGAUGGAGGGUCAACCAGCCAGCAGCUCUCACCCAGAGCCCCCUCCUUCUGCCGCUGCUCCUGCCGCUGCUCCUGCGGCCGCGGCGCCGGCUGCAGCUCCUCCCGCUGCAGCUCCUCCCGCUGCCGCGGGUCCUCCUGCCCCGUCCUCCCCCUCCUCCACCCCGUCUCCCUCUGCCCAGCCCAUGGACACCUCCCCUCCCUCCGGCACCCCCCCGCCCCAACCGUCAGCUCCUGGCCAAUCAGAAGGCCCCACACCCCAAGCCGGGCCCAACCACCCCAGCCCAGUGGAGCUGCUCCAGAUGCUGGCGGAGCUCCGCAGGGUGGAGGAGCGACUGCAGCCGUUCAUCCAGAGGGCUCACACCGUCCUGGAGAGCGCCACCUCCGCAGAGUACAGCAACACUGAGCGGGAGGAGGACCAGCGCGUCCUCAACCUGGUGGGGGAGGCUCUCCGUCUCCUCGGUAACGCCCUGGUGGCCCUCAGCGACCUGCGCUGCAACCUGCUGAGUCCCGCCCCCCGCCACCUGCACGUGGUACGACCCAUGUCUCACUACACCAACCCCGGAGCACUCCAUCAGAUUCCCCUGCAGAUGAACAUGGGCGCCACAGUGACGAUGGCGGCCAACGGCGCUGACGGACAGGCCCCGCCCACACAGCCCACCGCCCAAUCGGAGCAGGCCGGACCGGGACAGACGCCCUCGGCCAAUCAGCAUCCGGGCCCUGCCGGCCCCCGGGUCAUCAGGGUCAACCACCAGGCGGUUCCCGUGGUGAUGAUGCAGAUGAACCCUGAUGGGUCUGCUGUGAACCCCCCAACCGGACAGGCGGUUCCCGGGCAGCCAGGUCUUCCACCAGACUUCAUGCGGAACCUGAUGCAGCAGAUCAGCCAGUAUGCCGCUGCCGUGGCAACGAGCGCCGUGACCGGCCAGCCGAUCCCUGAAAACGUCACCCCCCCCGGCGCCGGCACCCCCACCACCGCCGACCCGACCGGCGGCCCCGCGCACCCUCAGCCCCACCCCCAACCGCAGCCCAGGGUGGUGUUCACCAGGCCCACCUUCACCCCGCCAGCACCCCCGCCUCCCUUCAGCGGUGGAACCUUCCACAUGAGGCCCGGGGUUCCCGGACAGCCGUUCAACCAGAUGAUGAAUGACCUGGUGAGACCCCUCCUGGUGCCGGGGCAGACCGGAAACACGGGCACACACACCACUUCGUCGUCCUCCUCCUCCUCCUCUUCUUUCUCCUUCUCCUCCUCCUCCUCUGGCCCAGCUGCCCCUCCCACCUCGGAGAGUGGCGCUCCACACGGCCAAUCACAGACGGGCAGCGGCCAGGCCCUGCCCCCAGACCUCAGCCAGCUGCUGGGCUCCCUGCUGGGGGGCGUGGCCGGGGCCUCGGCUCCGCCCAUCACCAUCACUUCCUCCUCCUCCUCAUCUGGGGUUCCCGCCUUCAUCCAGGGAGUCAACGACUUCAUGCAGCAGGCCUCCCAGCCUGUGUUCACCGCCCCUCCUCCCCCGUCAGGUCCCCAGGGCCCCGCCCCCCCGGGCGCAGGCCCCGCCCCCGCCCCCCCGGGCACAGGCCCCGCCCCCCCAGGUGUGGCGGUGGACUCGGAGUUCUUCACGGGGAUCGUGCGUGGGGUCCUGACCUCCAUGAUGGGCCCGCUGGGCCAGGGGCAGGGAGACACGGAGAGCAUCGCCCAGUUCAUCCAGAGGCUGUCCCAGUCCAGCAACCUGUUCACCUUCUCCGAGGAGACCUCUGGGUUCUUUGGGGAGCUGCUGACGCUGGUGUUCCAGAGCUUCAGUAUGUCCGACCUGGUCCUGCUGCUCCACGGCCAGCACCAGCCCCUGGGCCGCAUCCAGCCGGAGCUGGCCCACUUCUUCACCCACAGCUACCUCAACGACCAGGAGCCCACCGACCACAACAUCACUGCCGCUGCGGACACUCUGGUGAAUGAGCUGGAGGAAUACAUUACAGAGAGCUUUAGAGAGUCCUCAGUCAGCGUGGUGGAAGGGGUGGACAUCACCCAGACCAACAUGUCCUGUUUCAGACAGCAGCUGGCCCGCAUCGCCACGCACAUCCUGCGCUGCACAGACGAGAGCUUCGGCCCGCGGUUGCUCCAGAUGUGUAACCAGGCGCUGUUCGAGUUCCUGGCUCUCAACCUCCACUGUCUCCAAGGAAACCAGGCCGCCUUAACGUCCGUCAUCAACCACAGAAUAAGGAGGAUGUCCAGCGACAUGAGCCCCAGUCUGGUCAACUGGAUGACCUCCAUGAUGACCAUGAGGCUACAGGUGGUGCUUGAGCAUCUCCCCCUCACCUCGACCAGCAUCCAGCAGUACAUCAUCCUGACCCAGGCGGAGCAGGCCAGCGAUCCCCAAGGACCCGAGACCAAGCCUACUGAAGCGAGCCAGGAGCCUCAGGACGCCGCCGCCGCCGUGUCGGCUCCGCUGGCCAGCCGGACGUCGCCGGCGGUGCUGCUCCAAACGUGGGCCGUGCCGCCUGAAACCAGGCCGUCGGAGACCAGGACGUUGCCGUUGGAGACCAGGACGUCGCUAGGAGACAGGGGGGCUUGUGGGGGAACACCCCUAGGGGGCGCGGUGGUGACGUCAUCGUCCUGGGCCGACGACGCAGAAUCUGAAUCCUGGGAGGCUACAGUACCCCCUGAGUGGGUGCCUAUCAUCAGGUGUGACCUGCUGACUCAGAGGAAGGUCAAAGGUCAGCCUCCCCUAUCUGACGCCUACCUGACCGGCAUGCCGGCCAAACGCAGGAAGACAGGCCAGGCAGGGGGCGCCCUCCUCUCCCUCUCCGAUGCGGUGAGCCAGGCCGCCCGGUCUGCCGGGGUGCGGCCCCUGAACCCCUCCGGCCUCCAGGAGGAGCUGGGGGGCCAGGAGCUCCAGGAGGCCUACUCAGACCAGGUGAAGUCCGACCUUAAAAGACGUGUGGAGGACGACCCCGACUUCAACGCCCAGCAGUUCCCCAACGCACACCAAGCAUUCUCUCCGGACUCCUAGCCUGCCUCCCAUGAACCCCUGACCCCUCGAUCAGCUGCAUCCGCUCGUCAUGACCCACAUUUACUUCAAUUUGUUUCCUUUUUGAUGCAACUCUGGGCCGCUGUGGUAACCCAGCGCUAAACUACGCUAAGCUACACUGCUUCCUGCCUUCCUGUUUGUUGUAGCCAGGAGUCACUUUUUGGGUUUUCUGUGUUUUUGUCUUAGUCCAGUGACACUGGAUGACUGAAGUUUUGUUGGACUUGCAGAACCAAAGUAAUAAAGCUUGUUACAAAAUUAGUUAUUUUUGUUAUGGGUCGUAUUUUUGGGAUGUUCAAAUCUGUUAAAAGGUUGGGUAUGGGAUUUGCGAAACGCCAGCAGAUUUUGAAAAUACACAACUCAAAUGUUCCUACCCACUCUCCUUCAACGCUGACUCUGACUCCACCCAUUCCAAGUACAUGGACGCGCAAUCAUGCAUGUGCGAACAUGCGCAAGAGCAAGCCAUUAGCUAGUUAGCUAGCUCCAGUAGCUACCGCAGGAUAACAACAAACAGAAGCUUGCUCUGGGUCACAAGCUUUGCGUACGUGCACGAAGGGGUCACGCGCAGGGAGAGGGGGAGUGCAGUACGACCGUUUGAUUGACGUACUUACUGUCCAAUGCCGCUCGGUGGUUCUGGAAAUCAUUGGCUGGAGUUUUUCGAGCCCUGCCCGUUCCACAGAUGAUUGACUUGUUUAAUUUUCAUGUCAGUACUUCUAACUCAGUGGCUGUAAGUGGGUUAUGAUAAGGAUUUCAAGUAAUUUUGCAAAAAUGGCCAAAAAAGAGAAUUCCAUACCCAACCUUUAAGUAGUCUAUGUUGUACAGUUGCUGAAAAGGUAAAUGUAGGGUUUUAACUAGUGCUAAAUUGAAGUUACUCUCAUAAUUAAACCUGCACUAAAACCUUUCUCAUUUAACUAGGCAAAUUGAAGACACUGAUAAGCCCCUUCAAAUAGACAUAUCUUUAGAUGUAUGUAUUUGACUUGUAUAGUUCAAUUACCAUGAAGUGUAAAAAAACAAAUCUAAAUUCACCUAAAAAUGAAUGGCAGGUUAGGCAAUUCGGAGAAACCAACAGGUGAGCUAUAUUUUGUAGAAUCAAACUGAAAAAUUCACUCCCACUCCCCCAAAACACGUGACUUGCCUACUAGCUUUCACAAUAGGUCUGCCCAGAGAGGGUCUGCCCAAUGAGAGAGAAUCUCUAAAUAGCUCUGGGACUGGAAGACUGGUCAUGCGCAAUGCGGCAGAAUCUGGUCAGGUAGAAGAUAGGAAGAUAGACAGAUAAGCCUUCUGUGGUAAGGCCAGAAUAAACAACCACCAGAAAUCCUUGUGAUGUAAAUAAAAUGUCAUAAUUACUUUCAAAUAAAUAGCCUACACUUGAACAUGCACUUAAUUGCACUUAUACAUGAAUUUGAUAUUUACGAUUGUAUAGCAUUCUGUUGGUAGAAAAAAGAUCAGAAUUAUUUGAGGCCAACCUAAAAGGGGUAAUGGAAACCACCACAAACCAGGUUUCCUGUUGAAUCACAAAAGGCAGAACUUUGUUCCUCAUCUGAGUUAAAACCAACCACACACUGGACCAAACAAACCGAGAUCUUAACACUUGUGGUAUUCAUUGAAGAACAAAAUAUUGUAAAUAUCCACAUUUUCAUUUUUCCGUUUCUUUGGAGAAGAGGAAGGAUGUUUUGCUUGUGAAAUUAGACAAUGGACGACGAGUUGCUUUACGCAACAAUUGUGUUCGGGACCAACAACGUUUCUCCCUGCGACUCAAAAGUCAUAAAGGAUGAGAUUAAAAAGGAGCCGUGGGAGAACCUGGAUCUGACCACGUCAGCAAACAGGUCACAGCAUCCAGCAAACAGGACACAGUUACUGGCGUUGAUUGCUUCAGUCUUUUUGGGGCUCCUCUCACUCCUCCUGCUCUCCGCGAUCAUCUAUCUGCUCUUACACUCAAGAGGCGCUCAAAGCGAAUUGGUGAGACGAGUAGAAGACCUGAAGAGAGAAAGAGAUGCUCUCAACUGGACUCUUAACGUCAUAACUGCAAUGGAAGUCUUCCAAGUCGAAGAAUACUGCACGCAAAAAGUGUGUAAGCCGUGCCAGAAGGGUUGGGUUUCUUUCGGAUCCAGCUGUUAUUUAUUUUCCUACGAGUGGAAGUCGUGGAGCGGAAGUCGGGACUACUGCCGACAGUUUCAAGCCCAGUUGGUGAUUAUCCAAACGCAGGAGGAGCAGGAGUUCAUCGCUAACCGUACCGUGACCUAUUAUGAUAAUCGUGGUUACUGGACUGGAGGGACAUGGCAGACGGGAAGCCGGGGGACCUGGGACGACGGAAGCGAAAUCACAACAACGUACUGGGUGGACGGGUCUCCCACCAGUAGUGGCUGUAUCAAUUCUCUUAAAAGGACAGACCUGCUGGCCAGCUGGAGAUCAGUCAGCUGCUUCGGAAACCACCGCUUCAUCUGUGAGAACCCAGUUUUGAUGAAGGCAUUCUAGGAAGGUUUUUUUUCACCCUGUGGUACGUGAAGUCACAGCAGGUUAUACGUGAAUAGUGUCGCUUUGUGCAUUCAUUGCGUUAUCGAUUGUAAUUUUUCAUUAAUGUGUGUUUGCUAAAUAAAUAAACCAAUUACCAUGACCUUCCUGCAGUAAUAAUUAUGUAGUUGGCAUUCCUUCCUCAGCAUUUAUCUAUGUAUUUAACCAUUCACAUGCGGUGGUUCUCAAAAGGUUUUGGA